AAGGUUUUGGGCCCUCCGGCCUCGGAUUUUGCAUUUUUCUCUCUUGGGACUGUCGUGGGGCUGUUUUCCACUGUGGAUUAUAACUGCAACAUGACACUGGAAGAGCUCGUGGCCUGCGACAACGCGGCGCAGAAGAUGCAGACGGUGAGCGCCGCGGUGGAGGAGCUGCUGGUGGCCGCGCAGCGCCAGGACCGCCUCACCGUGGGGGUGUACGAGUCGGCCAAGCUGAUGAAUGUGGACCCUGACAGCGUGGUCCUGUGCCUCUUGGCUAUUGACGAGGAGGAAGAGGAUGACAUCGCCCUGCAGAUUCACUUCACGCUCAUCCAAUCGUUUUGCUGCGACAAUGACAUAAACAUUGUGCGGGUGUCAGGCAUGCAGCGCCUGGCGCAGCUGCUGGGCGAGCCGGCCGAGACCCAGGGUACCACCGAGGCCCGGGAUCUGCACUGCCUCCUGGUCACGAACCCUCACACAGACGCCUGGAAAAGCCACGGCCUGGUGGAGGUAGCCAGUUACUGCGAAGAGAGCCGUGGAAACAACCAGUGGGUCCCCUACAUCUCCCUCCAGGAGCGCUGAGACCCUUCCCAGCAUCACAACCUGUCGAGUUGCUGCCAAAAAUAAAAAAUAAAAUAAAUAUUUGACCCUCCUCCGCCCCAGAACAACCCCCCAAAACAACCCGUGAGACCAUCGGGGGCAGAAUCAUUGGAGAAGACUGAAGACAAGGAGAGGGGAGUGGGCGGCCACCCCCUGGGCGGUGAGCCUGGAGCAGCGCCAGCGGCGGCCACAGAGAGAGGAGAAGAGGGGCCCCAGGCCAGCAGGAGAGGGGACCCCGGAGCCCAGGCCUUGUGACAGAGCAGAAGCUGGAGUGGAGGGCCUGGCCUCCACACUUCGGGGCUGGGGCAAGACUUUCUGCAUCCCCCACCCUUCUUGAGACUAGAACUGACAUCUGCAAACCAGCCUUGGUGGACGGAGGGUCUGCACCCUUGCCAGGACCGUCUUUGGAGACUUGGGAGCUGGGGUGAUGUUGCUCUGUACCCAUGAACUCCCAGUUUGCAAACUAAAUAGACAAUCUCUUCUGUAAGUUGCACUGGUUACUUGAACCACUGAAAGCGAGAUGGGAAGCUUACAGAUACAGAUAUUUUUAUUUCUAUGAUGUCCUUGUAAUAAAUUUCUAAAGCUUC